AAUUGAUCAGACCAGCAGAAAUGUCUACAAGAAUAGUGAUAAUCGGUGCUGGUUCAGCAGGAAUCGCAGCCGCUACUCGGUUGUACGAGAAUGGGCAUAAAAAUGUUGUCAUCUUAGAAGCAACCAGUCGAAUUGGAGGUCGGGUGCAUACAAUUCCAUUCGGUGACAAUGUAAUCGACUGCGGUGCCCAGUGGUGCCAUGGCGAAAAGAAUAAUGUGGUGUUCGAGAUGGCUGGUCCAUUGGGAUUACUGGAGUCUUCGGUGGUUGCCGAAAGGAACAUUCUACUGAAAUCGAAUGGUGAAGUGGUGCAGCAGGAAUAUACUGAUCGGCUGAUGGCGCUGGCUGAUAAAAUUGUCGAAUCUGAAGAGCUUUACGCGUAUGGUGGAACUUUGGGAGAUUUCUUUACAGAGCGCUUUACGAAAGAGGUCAACGAGGAGAAAAUGAAGGACAUCGACAGGGAAUUGGUACAGCAAUUUUUGAUGUACUAUCAUGGUUAUCAGAAAGGUUAUAUCGCGAUCGAUUCGUGGUAUGACUUUCCAACUGACGACGAUUCAGAGGAUUGCGAAGGCAAUGACGCGCUCAGUUGGAUGGGUAAAGGCUACAAAAGCAUACUGGAUUUAUUGAUGAAACGACAUCCCUCUCAAAACACGGAGCCAAUCCCAAUAGAAAAUAACAUAGAGUUCAACAAAUUCGUCAAAACAAUCCAUUGGAAUAAAGGCCCUGAUCAGCCUGUAACGAUCUACUGCACCGACGGAAGUCAAUAUGAUGCGGAUCAUGUCAUCGUAACAGUCUCUCUAGGAGUAUUGAAAGAAAAUUUACACACACUUUUCAAUCCACAAUUACCAUCUGUAAAACGGAAUGCGAUUACUGGUAUUCACUUCGGAACAGUAAACAAAGUAAUCUUAGAAUUCGAGACUCCGUUUUGGACCGAAAUGGGCAAUACUUUUGGGUUGCUUUGGAAUGCAGAGGAAUUGGAAAAUAUACGAUCUUCGAAGUAUGCGUGGACAGAGGGCGUCUCAACAUUUUUCAAAAUCGAUCGUCAGCCGAAGCUUCUGGGGGCUUGGCUCAUGGGCAAAGAAUGUCGUCAAGCAGAACUAUUAACUGACGAGGAAGUGACGGAGGGUAUACUACUCUUAUUGAAAAUGUUUUUCAAGAACAAGCAAAUCGAUAAACCAUUGCAAAUUAAAAGGACUCAGUGGUUUACCGAUUGCCAUUUUCGGGGAUCUUACUCAUGUUGUUCGUUGGCAACGAAACUUCUUAAAACAGACUUCAAAGAUAUGGCGAUUCCGCUUACUGAUUGUUUGGGAACGCCGGUUCUAAUGUUUGCUGGUGAGGCUACAAAUGGGCUGCAUUAUGGAACCGUUCAUGGAGCUAUUGAAAGUGGAUGGCGUGAAGCGGAUCGCAUAAUUACUUUGCAUAGGAAAGAAAACUCUGCAACCCUUACUGCUGCUUAAUAAAUUACUCAAAUUUUUAUCACAAAAGUAAACUAUCGAAUGCAGUUUGACACGAAAACUGUCUUUUUGGCUUUCAUCCUUUCGUAGAGUUAUUUUCAAUUCUUCGGAUGACGGAUUCCUACACGCAAAAAAAAAUCAAUUUGUAUUUCCGUGAUUUUAGAUUUACUAUAAGGUAACACCAAUAAACAAUAAAUCAAGCAAAAUUUCCGACUUACGUAAUCGCCGUUCAUGAUUCGACAUUCGUACCGUUACUUAUAAAACCCGUUGUGAUCUCGACAAUAAACAACUUGAGUGUGAUGAGACCGCAUGUUGUUUUUCGUAAAGUAGAAGGAAAAUGUAUUAGAUUUUAGGAAUAGCCACCUGUUCAACACAUCCUCAUGAGAUUCGGUACGCGGAAAAAGGUGUCUCCAAAUUCGUGAAUAAAGUGCCAUGAAUUCGGGAACAAUCACGUUUUUAAGUUACGAAAA